AUGUGAUGCAUAUACGUACGUCCAUGUACACAUACGUUUUUUAUUAGCUGAGUGUGUUUUUAAUAGGCUAGCUGAGCUGAGCCAGCUAUGGCAGCUCCUGUAUCUACCACUAUUAUAAAAGAGUCACGACACCUCUGGGUAGGAGGACUCCCUGACACAAUAGACGAACCCAAAAUCAAGGAGUACUUUUUGAAGUUUGGCAAGGUGGAAGGAGUUAAAAUACUGCCACAAAAGUAUCCCAAGAUUGGAGUGGCUGCAUUUGUUGAUUUUUUUGAUGUGAGAAGUGCAGUGGAAGCUAAGGAAGCCAAGCAUAAACUGAAUGGGCAGGAGCUGCGUACAAACUUUAAGUCCAAGCAGUCAGAGAAGUUUGAAGAAAAGAAGCUGUCUGAUGAUGAUGAGGUGGUGGAAGAUAGAAAAAGCAAUGAUCAUCAAAGCUCGUCCAGUAGCUCCGACAGUGAGAGUGAUGUAGAGAGCAGCUCCUCAUCUGGCACUGGCUUAGAAUACAACACUACAAAAAAGAAAGAGUACACUGUCCUGAAGAUUUUAGGCCUUCCUAAGCGACCAGAGAGGGUCCUUCAAGAUGGGCUUUACUAUGAAUACACUCGCUAUUCAUCUUCUGCUGAGAUAAGGAUGUAUGGAGAUGACUCAGAUAAAUGGGCUGUGGUAAAGUUUAAGAAAAGCGACAAGUGCAAGCAAGCUUGUCAGGAGACACAAGGAAUUGUCCUUUUCGGUAACAAGAUUAAAGUCACUCCACUGGAUACUGAUGACUUCCCUCCUGGUGGUAGAGAUGAGCCGGCUGUGUCCUCACAUGGAAACAAGCCUGUCCGGUUUGAGGAAGUUGACCCUCAAGCAACUCGUUCACUGUUUGUUGGGAAUAUACCCAAAAAUAUUAGUGUAUACGAUGUCCGUGAUGCAUUCCAAAGAUAUGGCACUAUUUUGGAUGUGGAGAUAAAGAAAAUGGGUGGGACAGCAACGUAUGGCUUUGUGCUCUAUUACGACCUCUCCAGUGCUAUUGUUGCUAAGAAGUACAUGGAUGGCCAGAACAUCAAAGGAAACAACAUUCGAGUUGGCUUUGGUAAGGGCACCAAUAGCAAGCAACUGUGGGUGGAUGGUGUAGACGCCGGAACGUCUCGACAACAACUAGAGAAGCACAUGAAUAAAUAUGGGAAGGUGAUUCGGCUUGGCCUCGACUACCAGCGCAACUGUGCCAUGGUCCAGUAUGACUCCAUUGAUUCUGCCAGGAAAGCUUUAGAGGCUGUCAAAGGUGCUCACAUUGGAAGCAGCAAGAAACUCAUGACUGACUUUGCUAAUCGUGAUGCUCGAGCCGCGUUCUUCUCUCAAAUGGACAGGCUCGAGAUACAUGUAGAGGGGGCUCACCAGUCCUAUCCCCCUGGACCUGGAAUAUACUCACCAGGACCUGGCAUAAUGGAACCUGCGUUCAGAGGGGGUAUGAUGGUACCUAGAGGAAUGUCUAUGAUGAUGGGACGUGGUGGCUACCACCCUCCAGGAGGACUACCCGUUGAUUAUAUGUAUGACCCGUACAUGGAUGGGGGAAUGGGCUACUAUGGUGGAAGGCCCCCCUUUCAUCCCGGUAGGGGACAUCCUGUACCAAUGGGCAUGCCCCCAUACCCUGGUGGGAAGUAUGAGGAUGACUACGAGGAGGAAUUGGCAGCAUACAAGAGGAAGAGAGACUGGGAUAAGGAGAGGGAGAAGAGAAAGAGCAAGAAGAAACAGAGCAGCUCCAGUGAAUCCAGCAGCGAGUCAGAUGAUUCUAGUCACAAGAAGAGGAAGAAGGAGAAGCACAAGAAAGCAGAGAAGAAACAGAAACGUAAAAGCAAGAAAGGAGCAGAAGAGAGCGGAGAGGCGUCCUUGAGUGAUGAGAACAGUGGAAAGAGGCUAAAAACCACGCAGAAGUCCAAGGAAAAGCCCAAAAAGAACCUGUCACCAUGCAAAAAAUCAGAAUCUGAUAGUGAUGCCAAGAAGAAAAAGCUGAGCGAGGCUGUAUCGAAGGAAAGCGACUGUGAGGAUCAACUGGUCUCGGAACCUGCCAAACCCUCAGUAGAGAAUAACCCUAAGGUUGCUUCUCCUCCAGCUUCUUCAUCUGACUCCUCCCACUCUGGUGACAAGCUUAACAAAGCUAAUAAAAAACCACCUGCCCCACCUUUGCCUGCCAUGAAAGUACCACAACUACCUAACAGGAAAGACUCGGUAGAAGAAGAACCCAGUUGCAAGUCACCAGUAGACGAAGAACUUAUCGUUGAUACUCCUCAAAGCCCUCUUGUUAAAAAGUCAUCGUUAUCUGCUUUACAAGUAGAGAGUGACUGGAGCAGUGGAGAGGAUUUCAAAAGCUCUGACAAUAAUGAAAAUCUAGUAUCAGAGCUUAAAAAUUCUGAAAAGGAAGAUGUUGAGAUAGUAGAGAAAGGUACAUGUAUGAUGAUGCUGCCUCCAAGAGAACCCUCCCCACAUGAAGUAGCUUCUGAGUCUGAUAGAGACAUUGAAAAGAGAUCUGCAGUCAGAACCAAACAGGCCAAACACAUCCCAAUAAGGUAUCAAGUUGAUCAAGAUGGUGUGCCACGUAAGGAGGUGCAGCGUUCCCGUGACCCUCGUUCAAAUAAGCGCUACCUUAGUGGCCCCAACUCUCCAUCUCCCCCUCCGCCUGUAAGUGGUUAUGUGGGUCAUCGAAGAAGGCCCCGCUACAAAGACUCUUCUCCAGAGCAGCAUGAACGAAUGAGACAUCGUAGACCUCGACCCUACUCCCCUGGACCAUCUCGAUUCCAUCACAGACAUUCCAAGAGUCCUCAGAGAUUCCCUUCUCCUGUAUUCAAGGGAAAACCACCAUCUCCAAGACCCCGAUCUCCUAGAGUAAAGGAAACUCAUGUUCGUCACCGAUAUGACUCUCCACCAAACGAGCCAACUCGGAGCAGCAGAUACUCUCACCGAAGUUCCCCCCGUUCCCCCUCUCACCGACAUCAGCAUUCCAUCUCCCCACCUUUUCCCAGGUCUCCAGACCGCAAACGUCCCAGGCACCGUACUCCCAGUCUCUCCUCUCCUCGAAGGUCCCCUGGUACAUUUAAGUACAAGCGUGAAAAGUCCCCUGCUGUGGAUGGAAGGGGUAGCUCUCCUCACCAGAGACGUGGGAAGAGAGGGUACAUUAGCAGAACACCUUCUCCUAAAACCAAGUACCGAGAAUCAGGUACUGCUAAGGAGGAUAAAUCUGAGUGUAAGCGUCGCAAAAUGGAGGAUUUACGUCCAAAAUCUCCUCCCUACCCACCACCCAAAGAUUCAGACAGUGGGAAUUGCUCACCUUACCGCUCUCAUGCCCCACUUUCUAUUGGAGUGGACACUAAACAAAGUCCUGCACAGAGACCUGUAGAUCCACCAGCACCCAAAAACAAACAACCCCCUUCUGAACAGAAUCAAGAUAAUUUGCUAGACCUCCUCAGACGUUACCCUGUGAUGUGGCAAGGACACCUCACACUGAAGAAUGACUAUGCUGCAGUUCAGCUCCAUUUUCUGAGUGGGAAUGUCCAGCUUGCCAAGCUGAGUCUCCCCCAGCCAGCUGAGCAACACACACCCACACUUAAGAUUGCUCAGAGAAUGAGGCUGGAGAAAACACAGCUUGAGGGCGUGGGGAGGCGAAUUCAGAGUGACGGUGAGCACUGCCUGCUGCUGGCACUACCAUGUGGGAGGGAUGCAUCGGAUGUCCACACUCAGACAAAUGCACUAAAGAACACCUUUAUCACAUACCUCAUUCAGAAACAGGCUGCUGGUAUCAUAAAUGUACCUGCAUCCACUCCUCAGGGUGGCUUUGUACUACACAUCUUCCCUCCCUGUCCAUUUUCCCAAGCACACCUUUCACGCGUUGCUCCUGAUUUACUUAGCAGCGCUUCUGAUAACUGUCAUCUAAUGAUAGUUGUUGCUACUAUGUCUCAGUAACUGUUGCAGACUUUCUUGUGUUAUAAUUAUUUGUGUGGUCAGAUUGUUGUACACAUUUAUAGGUAAAGAUCAUAAUUUGUAUUGCUAUGGC